AUGAGAGAAAUCGUCCACGUUCAAGCCGGACAGUGCGGAAACCAGAUCGGAUCCAAGUUCUGGGAAGUCAUUUCCGAUGAACACGGAAUUCAGCCCGAUGGAACCUUCAAAGGAGAGAGUGAUUUGCAGCUCGAGAGAAUCGAUGUCUACUACAACGAAGCUAACAAUGGAAAAUAUGUGCCGCGCGCGGUCCUCGUCGAUCUUGAGCCAGGAACUAUGGAUUCUGUCCGAUCGGGACCAUUCGGACAACUUUUCCGUCCUGACAACUUCGUCUUCGGUCAAUCGGGAGCUGGAAACAACUGGGCCAAGGGACAUUACACUGAGGGAGCUGAACUUGUCGAUAAUGUACUUGAUGUGAUUCGUAAAGAGGCCGAAGGAUGCGAUUGUCUUCAAGGAUUCCAGCUCACGCAUUCCCUUGGAGGAGGAACCGGAUCGGGAAUGGGAACCUUCUCAUUUCCAAGAUCCGUGAAGAAUCGUAUCAUGUCCUCCUUCUCCGUUGUUCCAUCCCCAAAAGUUUCGGACACGGUCGUUGAGCCAUAUAAUGCCACCCUCUCCGUUCAUCAGCUUGUCGAGAAUACUGAUGAAACUUACUGCAUCGAUAACGAGGCCCUCUACGACAUUUGCUACAGAACGCUCAAGCUCACUAACCCAACCUACGGUGACUUGAACCAUCUUGUUUCGCUCACAAUGUCUGGAGUCACCACAUGUCUCCGUUUCCCAGGACAACUCAAUGCUGAUCUUCGCAAGUUGGCAGUUAACAUGGUCCCAUUCCCACGUCUUCACUUCUUUAUGCCAGGAUUCGCUCCACUCUCCGCCAAGGGAGCCCAGGCCUACCGCGCCUUGACCGUCGCCGAGCUCACCCAACAAAUGUUCGAUGCCAAGAACAUGAUGGCUGCUUGCGAUCCAAGACACGGACGGUAUCUUACCGUUGCAGCGAUGUUCCGCGGUCGUAUGUCUAUGAGAGAAGUCGAUGAACAGAUGUUGAACGUACAGAAUAAGAACUCUUCGUACUUCGUGGAAUGGAUUCCGAACAAUGUCAAGACUGCUGUCUGCGAUAUCCCACCACGCGGGCUCAAGAUGGCUGCCACAUUCGUAGGAAACUCAACCGCCAUCCAAGAGCUUUUCAAGCGUAUCUCGGAGCAGUUCACCGCCAUGUUCCGCAGAAAAGCUUUCCUCCAUUGGUACACUGGUGAAGGAAUGGACGAGAUGGAGUUCACUGAAGCCGAAAGCAACAUGAACGACUUGAUCUCCGAAUACCAGCAAUACCAAGAAGCUACUGCCGAGGAUGAGCCACUUGAUGAGUUCACUGGAGAAGGGGAGACCUACGAGUCGGAGCAGUAA